UAAAAACAUAUUUUUCAAGGAAUGGUAAUUUUGAACAUAUUUAUGAUAUUUGGGGAAACGUUAAGCAUAGAAAAGAAAUUGAGGGUCUAUGUGCAUGCAAGAUUUCUUUAAAAGACAAGAGUGAUGAUGCAAUAAAAGGGUUGAAUCUUCUACCCUUUUUUGUCCAUAAGAAAAGUAGCAGAAAGAGACACUUGAACCACUUUAUAUAAUUGGGUGCUUUCUCUCCAGGCUCUCAAUCUCACAUUCAUAUAUUUCUUAUCUGCAACAAUAUGACUCUUCAAACACCCCUUGUUGAUAACAGAACCGAAAGGGAGAGGGCUAUUGAUGAAUGGCUUCCGGUUUCCUCAUCCAGGAACGCAAAAUGGUGGUACUCCGCCUUCCACAAUGUUACUGCUAUGGUUGGAGCCGGUGUUCUCAGUCUCCCUUACGCCAUGUCUGAACUUGGAUGGGGUCCUGGUGUAUCAGUACUGGUGAUAUCAUGGGUUGUAACUCUAUACACAUUAUGGCAAAUGGUUGAGAUGCAUGAAAUGGUACCUGGGAAACGAUUUGACAGAUACCACGAGCUAGGCCAGCAUGCUUUUGGCGAAAAGCUUGGUCUUUACAUAGUGGUUCCACAGCAGCUCAUUGUUGAAGUUGGGGUCAACAUUGUGUAUAUGGUAACGGGAGGAAAAUCUUUGAAGAAAUUCCAUGAUCUGAUUUGCAAUGACAACUGCAAAGACAUCAAGCUCACCUAUUUCAUCAUGAUCUUUGCUUCUGUCCAUUUCGUGCUUUCCCAUCUCCCCAACUUCAAUUCCAUAUCUGGAGUGUCUUUGGCUGCAGCAGUCAUGUCCCUCAGUUACUCUAUUAUUGCGUGGUCAGCAUCUGUGGCAAAGGGUGUGCAGCCAAACGUAGAUUAUGGAUAUAAGUCUAGUACCACUGCAGAUAAAAUAUUCAACUUCUUUAGUGCAUUGGGUGAUGUCGCUUUUGCAUACGCUGGUCACAACGUGGUGUUGGAGAUUCAAGCCACCAUUCCUUCAACCCCCGAGAAACCUUCAAAGGGUCCCAUGUGGAAGGGAGUAGUUGUUGCUUACAUCAUUGUAGCUAUUUGUUAUUUCCCAGUUGCCCUCAUAGGCUACUGGAUUUUUGGAAACGAGGUCUCAGACAAUAUUCUUAUCAGUUUAGAGAAACCUACAUGGCUCAUAGCUAUGGCUAAUUUGUUCGUCGUCAUUCAUGUUAUUGGAAGCUAUCAGAUUUAUGCAAUGCCAGUAUUCGAUAUGAUCGAAACUGUGCUUGUCAAGAAUUUGAACUUCACCCCUAGCUUUACGCUUCGCUUUAUCACCAGGAAUCUUUAUGUUGCAUUAACAAUGUUCAUUGGCAUUUGCUUCCCUUUCUUUGGUGGACUUCUGGGUUUCUUUGGUGGAUUCGCAUUUGCCCCUACGACCUACUUUUUACCUUGCAUCAUGUGGCUUACCAUCUAUAAACCAAAGAAGUGGAGCUUAUCUUGGAUUACAAACUGGAUCUGUAUCGUACUAGGGGUUGCUUUGAUGAUUGUAUCACCUAUUGGGGGGUUAAGGCAGAUCAUUGUUGAAGCCAAAGACUACGAGUUCUUCUCUUAAAAAGCUUAAAUGAAAACUAGCAGGUUGAGGUUGAUGUAUCCAACUUGCCCCAUAUGAAAUUAAAGAAGAUUGUAAUAGUAUGUGGAGGUAUCAAUAUUCAUACAAGGGGGAGAUCCCUUUUAAGUUAUCUUAAAGAGAGYAAGUAUAUGCAUUUAUAGAUUGUUUAGAAGGGAAAUGGUCAUGGAAUUAGUCAAGAAACUUACUUGCAGAAGUUCCAACCCUUCAAUUCAUUUUUACCGUCAUUGUGUGUGUAUCUGUAUACGUAUUUCCACUGUAAAUUCAUAAUGAUAUACAUGUGAAUUAUAUUCUGAAAUUCAAAUUGCUAUAUGAAAAAGGGCAGC